UAAUUGGACAUCACUCCCCCCUUCGCAGCCACUUUGCCCGCAAUCCACUUUAGCCACCAAGGCAGAGGUAUGGCUCACGUUCGCGUUAUCUUCAUCUCUUCGCUCCUGUUUCUGCUCUUCUCCGCCGUUGCAGCAGGUUUAACCUUCGACGACUCUAACCCUAUCAAACUUGUGUCAGACAGUCUUCAUGGCUUCGAAGCUUCUGUCGUCAAAGUUAUCGGUGACACUCGCCACGCUCUUUCCUUCGCCCGUUUUGCUCACAGGUAUGGGAAGAGUUAUGAGAAUGAGAAGGAAUUGAAGAUGAGGUUUGCGAUUUUCUCUGAGAAUUUGGAUUUGAUCAGAUCCAUCAACAAAAAGGGCCUGCCCUACACUCUUGCCCUUAAUGAUUUUGCUGACUUGACCUGGCAAGAGUUCCAAAAGCACAGAUUGGGGGCUGCUCAGAACUGCUCUGCCACCACAAAGGGCAAUCACAAGCUUUCUGGUGAUGUCCUUCCUGAAAGAAAAGACUGGAGGGAAGAAGGCAUUGUCAGCCCGGUUAAGGAUCAAGGCAAUUGUGGUUCUUGCUGGACUUUCAGCACCACUGGAGCUCUUGAGGCAGCCUAUCAUCAGGCUUUUGGAAAGGGAAUCUCUUUGUCCGAGCAGCAGCUUGUGGACUGUGCCGGAGCUUUUAAUAACUUUGGCUGCGAUGGUGGAUUGCCAUCACAAGCCUUCGAAUACAUCAGAUACAAUGGUGGUCUUGAAACUGAGGAAGCAUAUCCUUACACUGCACAUGAUGGUACUUGCAAAUUCUCAUCAGAAAAUGUUGGUGUUCGGGUGCUUGAUUCUGUCAACAUUACCCUGGGUGCUGAAGAUGAAUUAAAGCAUGCAGUUGCAUUUGUUCGUCCUGUGAGUGUGGCUUUUGAGGUUGCGAGUGAUUUCCGUUUCUACAAAGAUGGUGUUUACACCAGUACUAUUUGUGGCAAAACUCCGAUGGAUGUGAACCAUGCUGUUCUUGCAGUUGGGUAUGGAGUGAAAAAUGAUGUUCCAUACUGGCUAAUUAAGAACUCUUGGGGAGAUGACUGGGGAGAUAAUGGCUAUUUUAGGAUGGAGAUGGGGAAAAACAUGUGUGGUAUUGCAACAUGCGCAUCAUACCCUGUUGUAGCUUAAUACAACUUUGAAGAAAUAUGAAGUAAUUUGUGGUGUUUGAGUGGCUCAUGAAGUUAGACUCCAUCUCUGAGGUGAAGAUUUGUGGUGUGGGUGAUGAUUGUAUUGGCUUAAUAUAAUAUCCAAAAUGCAAUCCAAUACUCACAAGAAAGACCUCAUAAAUUCUGAAUUUUAGUCAUGUCAUGUGUAGUCAGUUCUAUAUCAUUGGAUAAUAACAAAUUCAUACUAUAAUAUUUGCAGCAUAUGAAUAUUUGUAGUGUUA